AUGCCAAUAGAUUUAGGUUUGGCAAGAAUCACCAAACUUCUCGCCCAUUUAAAUAAUCCACAAAAUGCAUUUAAAUCAGUUCAUAUAGCUGGGACCAAUGGCAAGGGAUCUACAUUAGCCUACUUGUCUUCCAUCCUAACUCAAGCAAAUAUUCGGAAUGGGAAAUUCACUUCACCACAUAUCAUAAACUAUCAUGACUGUAUUAGUAUAAAUAAUCAAACAUAUCCGAAACAAAAAUUUGAUGAGAUCAAUAACCAAGUAAUUACAAUUGAUAAACAAUUGGGUCUACAAUGUACAGAAUUUGAAAUAUUAACUGCUACAGCAUUCAAAAUUUUUGACGUUGAAAAAAUACAAAUUGGAUUGAUUGAAGUUGGAGUAGGCGGGAAAUUGGAUGCUACUAAUGUGUUAGAACCAUGCAAUGAUAAUAGAUCUGGUGGGGUAGUUGUCACCGGGAUUACGAAAAUAGGAGUUGAUCAUGAGACUUUGCUAGGUAAAGGAAUCAAGGCUAUAGCAGAACAAAAAGCUGGAAUUAUGAAAUUGAAUGUUCCAUGUUUUGUUGACGGGUCAAAUGAUGAUUCUGUAUUACAAGUGAUGAAGGAUGUUUCAAAUGAGGUGCAGUGUCCUUUAACUUUGGUACCGCAAUCUACCUCAUUUAUAGAGUUCAGUCCAUUAAAAGGUACUUACCAAGCAAGUAAUUUGUCAUUGGCAUUAGCUAUUCUCAAAUGUUUACCAUACAAGAUAAAUGACAAUGUAAUCCAAGAAGGAAUCUCAAAAACAUACUGGCCUGGAAGAUUGCAAAUCAUAAAACAUGCCAAAUUGGGCAAUAUACUAAUUGAUGGCGCUCACAACGAGGGUGCUGCUAUUGAAUUAGGUAAAUACUUACGUGAGACUUACAAUAAUGAACCGGUAGUAUUUGUCAUUGGAAUGACUAGAGGUAAACAAGUUGAUGGUUUAUUCAAGCAUAUUUUGAGAGAAAACGAUACUGUAAUUCCAACUUUGUUCACGCAACCAGAGAACAUGCCUUGGAUCAAUUGUGAAUCAAUUGAUAAGUUAGCAGAUGUAGCUGAAAAAUAUUGUAAAGUAGAGAAGGUAAAUGAUAGUGCAUACAUCAAGGACGUAUUUAAAUAUUUGGAAGAUAAUCACAAAGGAAAGUCUAUUGUGAUGUGUGGUAGCUUGUAUUUGUGUGGAGAUGUGUUACGUGAGGUAAGGGUAUGA